AUGAUAAAGGAUCAGGUUCAAUUGCAUCCAGAGCCCACAAUAUGCUCGGCCGACCACCUUGAGGAGCUGGUGCUUUGGGCAACCAGAGCGAAAGAUGCUGAUGGUUUAGACCAUGGCUACUGGCAAACUUGGGGACCACCUUGCGAUGUACAAGAGUUGGUGAACUGGGAAUGCUUAAAAAGCUUCUCCACAUGGGUCGCUAAACAACUGAGGACUCAUCGAGAUGCAACUUCGCAAGUCGGGGCAACGCUUCAGAAACUGCAGAAAAGCCUCUUCGAUGAAGAGAUGGGAAAGGUCGACUUUGCAUCGGCCAUAGCCUUGCUCAAUGAGCUGCCACAGCGCCUUGAAGCUGUGGAGGAGAACACCCGGACCUUGGUGGCCCGUGUGAACAAGCUCAAUAGCGAUCCACUGAAAAGAGUUUCAACAAGAGGAUCUAUAGCACCGGUCAGCGGGCCGCGAGAAUUUGAAAUCCACGACAAGCCUGGCGAUCAGGCUGUGAAAGAGUGUAGGGAAGCGGUGAACCUCAUGUUGGAAAUGCAAAGGAACUUCAAAGAGCAGCAAGAAGAAGCAUUUGUCAAAAGGCUGGCCAGCUUUGAUGUGGCUUUCCAAGAAGCUGGCCUUGCCAAUGCGGAAGAGAUUGCCUACCGCUUCCAUGCGCAAGUGCGAGAAUUGGAGGGGAUCUAUGCUCGAGCUGCUGGUCUUGAAGAGGGUCUGCAGAAUGUGGAGGAACACUUGGCUAAAUCUCUCCAAGGAAUUGAUGAUUGGAAGGCUGCUUUCUCCGUGCGCCUUGAUGAUCUUGAAGGACGAAUUGACCAGGCAGAGGAUCAAUUCAAGACUCAAACUGGCGACAUGGAGGCUCUCGCGCAACAGCUGAACAAGCUGGCAGAGGAGAACCAAGGUGACAGAGUCACUUUGACCCGCUCGCGCGGCAGCCACUCAAAGGAAGAAAAAGACAAGAAGAUGAGUGAUCUAGUGAUCGAAAGCAUCCAAGAGGACAUGGCAAAAUCUCAGAAUGCUGCCCAGAAAGCCAUCUCAAUGGCAGAGGAAUUGGAAAAAGUGGUUGGAAAGAUGCAGCAGGAAAUGUACACACAGUCAUCAUCUCCCAACGCAUGGCCUCUCCGAAAUGCGCGUCCAGGCCGUUUGCCGAAUUUACCUCCGUCCUCGCUGGCACAGGAGGAGGAGAAAGAUGCACCAAGGUAUCUAAUCACAGAUGACCAAGCAUGGGAGUAUUUGGAGCUCCCCAAGCACAAGGCGAAAGAGGCGAAAGAGCGGUUCCUCCCUCCAAGCGGUGGCUGCUUCCGUCAUCGUGCGCGUUCCAGAAACAAGCGGCCAUCAACAGCUCAGAGCUGGCAAGUGCAAGUCAGAGGAGGCCACCCUUUGCGGCUUACACUUCAAAGCAUUUGGUGGCUAUCUUCUAAGCACUUGGAGAGUCUAAACGAAGUUCUCUGA